AUGAGCGUGUCUUCAGAAGAUGACUGUGAGAUCUCCUUCCAAGUAAAGUUUCUCGGCCGAGUGGAGGUGGUCCGCUCUGAUGGACUACGGAUCCUUGAGGAUGCCGUUCAGAGCCUGAAGACACCAGACGCUUACUCCUCAGAAAAGGUGGUGAAGAAGAGCAAAGUCCACCUCUUCCUGUCUACGAGCAGCAUAGACAUCCUGGAAAACAAAACCAAGUUCCUGCUGUACUCGUGUCCUCUGUCCACCAUCUCCUUCAGCGCCGUCCUGCCGUCUUCGCCCAAAGUGUUCGGCUUCGUGGCCAAACACCCCGCGGCCGACACCUACCACUGCUACGUGUUCAAGAGCAACAAGUUUGUGAUCCCACGUGCUGGUCUCAGUGAUCGGAGACGCCUUCAGAGCUUCACAGAAGGACAACACCAGAGGAGGACGAGACCUGAUAGUGGAGGCGCUCCGACACAAGAAUAACGUCCUGCAGCGAGAGAACUCUGAGCUGAAGAGAAGACUUUCACAAAUAAGUGGCCACUCGUGCUGAU